AUGGAAAUAAUUGCAGAGAAGCCCAAAGUGAAAUUUAAUUUGGUGUCUGAAGACUACAAGAACUGUGACAGUUCUCAUAAAUCGGAGUGUGAGGAAGACUAUGACAGACCAAAUGGGAAGGACUAUUUUUAUGCUAAUAGAAUUUUGUCUUUGGACAGAAACAGUGAACAGAGAAGGAAGGAAUCCCCCAGUAAGCGACCAGGGUUAUGUGUAGAUGAAAUGUGCACGUGCGGCUUUCACAGAUGUCCCAAAAUAGUAAAACCAUUACCAUUCGAUGGGGAAAGCAAUUACCGAAGCGAGUUUGGUCCAAAGCCGCUGCCGGAGCUACCGCCUAGGCAAGAACCUAAGUUGACGAGGUCAUUACCAUUUGAAGGGGAAAGCAAUUAUAGAAGUGAAUUUGGUCCAAAGCCGCUGCCGGAGCUCCCCCCACGGGUUGAACAGAAGCCUCCGAAAUCGUUGCCAUUCGAGGGUGAAAGCAAUUACCGAAGUGAAUUUGGUCCAAAGCCGCUGCCAGAGCUCCCCCCACGAGUAGAACAGAAGCCGCCAAAAUCGCUUCCCUUCGAAGGGGAGAGCAAUUACCGAAGCGAAUUUGGUCCAAAGCCGCUGCCAGAGCUCCCCCCACGAGUAGUAACAAAAUUGGUGAAGUCGCUUCCGUUCGAGGGAGAAAGCAAUUAUCGCAGCGAAUUUGGACCUAAGCCUUUACCACAGCUUCCUCCAAGGGUAGAACCGAAGCUACCCAAGUCGCUUCCUUUCGAAGGGGAAAGCAAUUACCGAAGCGAGUUUGGUGGUAUUAGUUGGUCCACCUACAAGCAAGCGCCUGAAUUGUAUGGAAAAGGAAGCAAUUAUUUGAAUCUAGAAGGUGAGCACCGAUGUUCAAUAAAUCGGAUUCCAGUGAAUAGGGCGAGCUAG